CUACGUGUUUGGAGGACACUCCUUCAUACACACGGGACGGUACUCGGCGGCGGAAUUGGUGGUGGCUUGAGGGUUGGGGUUGGAGUUCUUAUUGCCAUUCCCAUUAGCGUCGCACCGUUGGCCGUUAACAACUACACCAGGGGGACAGACAAAGGGGCCUGUCGGAGAUGCGGCAUCCCGUAAAACACGGCCCUUUCCUCUGGUCUUCUCCUUAGCGGCGCUCUUCCUUUUGCGGGACGGCUUCGGCUUGGGCUUCGACCUUCCGGUGGUGGGAGCGCUGCUGGUGCCGGUGCGGUCAGCAGCUUCGCCAGAAUUCGCUGUACAACGCUGCCCUCCUCGGAAAGCCUGCUGUUGCUGCUGCUGCUGAGUCACCAUCUCCAUACGGACAGCCUAACAGACGGACACACAAAAACUAUGACAAACUAAGUAAAAGGACAGCAGACAUAGACAUACUAUGUUGUAUCAAGACAAGAAACCAGUGCCGCGUGUUUCAUCACAUAUUCUCAAACAUGUAUGUACACCCACAUCGACAGCCUGAUAGUGGCCGGGGCCGCCAUUGGGCCCUGGCGUAAACAGCAGGUGGAUCGUGCGAAUCGUCCACGGGGAUGGAAGGGGCGUGGUGGUGGCCAUGUCGGGGUUGUACGGGUAGAAUUGAUAGUGCUGCACUCGGUCAAUCCGCGUUAGCGCCGUCGGCAGCGAAUACCACACAUGAAUGUUCACGCGCCGCUGCUGUGCGAUCGUGCGCAGCUCCACCUCUCCUCCCUCGACUCCCGGCUGUCUCAUCUGCUGAAUGUACUCCUCGCGAGUCCCCGCAGCGCCGAACACCUCAUCGUCCUCCUCGCCUCCCCCUUCAGCACCAGGGUUAGUUUGCCCACGAUUGCGUGGCGCCUGCAGUACGAACCGUCCGAGGUGAGGCCUGCACACAAACGCAGCAAUACAACACACAUGAACAAGCCAAGAAGACAUGCGAUUUUCAGUGAAGACACACGUUUGCGUACCACAGCUCGUUAACGGCGGCUACAGUAUUGCGAUGGAAGUCAUGGACGACAUUCAUGUCGACGACUUCCUCGCGGGGGACAAUAUUUAGGGCCUGAGCUGCUGCAAUAAACAAGCAGUCGCCUUGGCUCGCGUUGUUUGUGCGUAUGAAACGGUAUGUCGUGCCGUCCCCAUAUGUGCCCGUCAACUCUCGCUUCGAAAGGUAGACUGGACGCAUGUUGACCGGCUUGAG